AUGAGGAAAUCAAAUCUUCAGUUCUAUUGGUUAUCAGUGCACUUUCUUUUAUUCCCUAACUUACAACAUGACGAAGUUACCCAAAUAUCUCAGGUAAGACUCAAUGAGGACACAAUUGAUGUGAUCGGUGAAACGUUCGGUAUAUCAGAAAAAAAUCCGAUGAACACAUUCGCCGAUGUGGAAAUCAAGAAUUUGACACUGCUGAAUUUUGUGAACAAUCUUCGACAGCGGAAUCUUGUGCUCGACUAUCGUCUCUUAAGUAAUCCGAUAGUCGCAGCUGGUGCCAUCGAUAUGCUUGCUAAGGGCGAAAUCUCAUGGUAUUUAUAUGCAGUGACUUGUUUUCUUUGA